AUGUUGAGCGGAAUCCUCCUUUUCAAUCAAAAAGGCGAGAACCUCAUCUUCAGAGCGUUCCGUCCCGAUUGCCGCCCUCGCCUGGCAGACAUCUUCCGCAUCCAAGUCAUCUCCAAUGCUCAGGUUCGGUCGCCUAUCCUCACCUUGGGCUCUACCACUUUCAGCCAUGUCAAACACGAAAACAUCUAUCUCGUGGCAGUCACAAAGAGCAAUGCCAAUGCCGCUGUUGUUUUCGAGUUCGUCUACAAAUUCAUCGCGCUGGGAAAGCAAUACUUUGGUAAAUUCGAUGAAGAAGCGGUCAAGAAUAAUUUCGUCCUCAUAUACGAGCUCCUUGAUGAAAUCCUCGACUUUGGCUACCCUCAAAACACCGAUAUAGAUGUCCUCAAAAUGUACAUUACCCCAGACAACAUCUCUUCUGCCAUUCGAUCGGUCUCCGCACCUCCGAGCGACACUUCCAAGAUCACGAUGCAAGCCACGGGCGCUCAGUCAUGGAGAAGAGGAGACAUCAAAUACCGCAAGAACGAAGCAUUUGUGGAUGUUAUUGAGGACGUGAACCUGCUCAUGAGUGCCACAGGAACCGUCCUUCGUGCGGAUGUCACUGGACAGAUUGUUAUGAGAGCAUAUCUCAGUGGAACACCAGAGUGCAAGUUUGGUCUUAACGAUCAGUUGGUGGUGGGUCAGAUUGCGCAUGGAUUAGACGGUCCCAUCGGGAACCAAGAAGGGAACCGCAAGGCUACACGGGCAGCAGCAGGCUCUGUCACGCUGGAAGAUUGUCAAUUCCAUCAGUGUGUGCAACUCGGCAAGUUUGAGACCGACCGGACCAUAUCCUUUGUCCCGCCAGAUGGAGAGUUCGAGCUGAUGCGCUACCGGGCUGUCGAGAACGUCAAUUUGCCAUUUAAGGUCCACGCAAUUGUCCGCGAGGUCGGCACCACAAAGGUAGAAUACAGCAUUGCCGUCAAAGCCAAUUAUGGGAGCAAACUGUUCGCGACCAAUGUGGUGGUAAGGAUUCCUACCCCACUCAACACUGCCAGCAUCACAGAACGGACCACCCAAGGGAAGGCCAAGUACGAACCAGAAAACAACUGCAUCGUGUGGAAGAUUGCUCGAUUUGUCGGCGGCAGCGAAUUUGUGCUCAGUUCCGAAGCCCAUCUCACGAGCAUGACGAACCAAAAGGCAUGGUCGCGACCUCCAUUGAGCAUGACCUUUUCCCUGCUCAUGUUUACGAGCUCCGGGUUGCUGGUGCGGUACUUGAAGGUCUUUGAGAAGAACAACUACAGCAGCGUCAAAUGGGUCCGCUACAUGACGAAAGCCGGCAGCUAUGAAAUCCGAUUUUGA